UGUCGAGGGGAUUCCCCGACGGGGCGGCCUUGGGGCGCGGCUCUCCGGCUUCGGCUUCCAGUCGGCGGGUGGCGGCGGUGGCGAAUGGCCGAGGCGGUGACCUACGCGGACCUGCGCUUCGCCCCCAGCCGCCCUGCCCGCCCGGCGCCCGACGAGGUGGGCGACGGCGAGCUCACCUAUGAGAACUUCUCGCCCUCGGCGCAGGACCCCCGACGGCCGCCGACGGACUCCCAGGCAGCGGCCCGACCUUGCCGACUGCCGCUCUGCUCGGCGGCCCCGCUGGCCCUGCUGGGCGCCGGCCUCGUCCUCCUGGCCGCCUGCGUCGGGCUGGGCGUCCGCUACGGGCAGGUCUCGCAGGAGCUGCAGCGGGCGUCCCGGAGGCAGGAGGCCGAGAGCAGCCGCCUGGCGGGCACCAUCAGCGGCCAGGAGCGGAACCUGACCCGGGCCCAGGCCGACCUGGACGCCACCCGGCGGGCCCUCUGGCACAGCUGGCAGGCGGGCAACGACACCCGGCGGCAGCUGGAGCGGGAACUGCGGGCGGCCCGGAGCAACCUCACUCUCCUGCAGCGGGAGAAGGACGACGCCAACCGGCAGCUGGAAGACGCCGCGUCCUGCCGGCAGAUCGGCUGCUGCCCCCCUGGAUGGAAGCUCUUCCGAUGGAGGUGUUUGUGGGUGUCCGAUGCAUGGGAAACUUGGGAACGGAGCAGGCAAAACUGCGAUACUGGAGGGGCUCGGCUGCUGGUGUUCAAGGGCUGGAACGCGGCCACCGUCUGGGAGGCCAUAGGAGGAAGGGGUCACCUGCAAGCCACUGAACUCUGGAUUGGACUCACUGGACAGAAGAUUUCAUGGAAUGAGUGGUCUUGGUAUUGGCUGGAUUGCUGCCGCUCCCUGUAUGAAAGCAAGAACAAACCUCAGCUAAGCUUUGCAUAUGAUGAAUAUGAAGCAUGUGCCACACUGAACCGAGGACAACUCUCAGGAGGGACUUGUAGAAAAAGUUGUCGAUACAUCUGCGAGAAGGCCGCCAGUCCAGACCCACUUCCAGAUCGGUUGGCCUGAGAUUUGGAGGCCGCCUCUGUGGCCCGAAACCCCAGAGGGGCCCAUGGCUGGCUGGGUCCUGCCGCCCAUGCGGAUAACAAGGUAUGCCAGGAAUAAGCCUUUCCUGGCGUGUGGCUCCCUCGCCAGAAGCUGGAAGCUGAGACAGCUUCUUCCCCUCUGAAGAUGCCAGCCACUGAUGCGGGCGAAACGUCAGGAGAAAAUACUACUGGAGCACGGCCGUACAGCCCGGAAACCUCACAGCACCCUACUUCUUCCACUUGUCAAGAGUUUCAGCACCCUCCAUCUGCCUCCCUUCCCGCCUGCGAUAAUCUUACUGUCCCCUCCAGCCUCAAAGGAAGGACAGGCAGGAUUCUGAGACAAUCUAGAGAUGCUGCCAGAGUCUGAAAUAUAUAAAACAGUAAAUGCGCUGAUGGUGGAACUACGGUGGCUGGCCAGGUGUUGUUGUUGUUGUUUUGUAGGCUACAGGAAGCCAACCCCACCCCCUUCCUCAGAGCAGAUGGGCCGGCAGUCUCUGAAACAACUGGGGUGAAGUUCAACACAGCCUGCUUGGCUCUGUGUGUGGGGGCGGGGAAGGAGGGAAUGGAGCUCAACUUCAAUACCCAGAUAUCCAUUCUGUGCCCAGGAAGGGGGCCGGGAGCAGAGGUCACGCCAGCCAUCCCCUAAGGGUCGGCUGGAACCCUUUUCUGAGCUCACUUGUUUGGCUAGAGGCUGUCUCCUAAAGGCAACCUGUCUUUUUCUGCUAUUCCACCUGCGCUCAGUCAUCACCUGAAGCCAUUGCUUGUUAGGAUUUGGGAUGGCCCUUCAUUCUGCCUACAAGCUUGGCUGCUGGCUCGUGAUGCCACGCUUUCUUCUCCUGGCUCAGGGCACCCCUUGGCACUAAGAGGCUGCGAGGAGAGUAAUAAAUGGGGUAGGGGUGGGGGCAGUUGUUGUAUUUAGCUAGACUGUUUAUUAAUCAGAUAGCUUGUUUUUGUUCCAAUUGCUGGGAUAAAUUUAGUUUCUGGGAGCUCUCCAGGAGCUUACAGGGUUCAGCCAACGCCCUCCUUCAAUGCUCCCAGAGGUAACCUCAUCAAGAUGGAUUUACAAAUCAAAACACAAAGGACUCACAGGGAGAGUUCAAGAUUACUUAUUGUGACGUAACAAAGAAACUCCUCGAAAGACUGGAUUGACAACCCAGCCCUUCUCUUGUCUUUUUGACCUGAUCUGUGGUGAAGGGGUGUGUGCGUGUGCGUGCGUGCGCGCGCGCAGCCUUGCACCCUUCCUGGACUCACCAUUUUUAGCUCCUCAGAUAAAAGACUAUCUCCCUGUUCUUUGUUUUUCCGCAACUGAUGAGAGUUCGCCAGUCUUUCAAUCCCAGAAAUUCUGAGUUCCUAGCAUUGUGUUUUAAACAGUCUUGCUUUGAUGUUUAA